AUGUCACUCCUGAACCUCGCUCGUCGCCUGCUGAUCGCCUUUGAGGUCCGAAACGAUACUCAUGUUAUCUACGCUCCCCGAUAUCUUUCACCUACGGAGUGGGAGUCUCUAGCCGAGACAGCGAGUCGUUAUCGGCGUAUCCGAGAGGAGAACAGAGUGGUCAAUGCCUUUGCUAAGAAGCGAGAGCCUAUUGCCAAAGCAAGGCCUAUAAGACGCAGACCACCAACCGUCCAGUCUUCGUCUCAACCAACAGCUGAGGAGCCUGAUAUUCCUGAUACAAGUCAGAUCCCAUUGUUCGAUUCAGUGACACACGUGGUUCCUUCGAUGGAGCCGAAGGCGCAUUCGAUGCCAGAUCAUGUCUUGGUCGUGGUUGAAAACGCCACGACGGACGGGGUAGGAAGAACCUUGCAUGGCUUGUACGCAAAUCCAGUCGAAAGCGGCGAGACUUCCAAGGUAUUCGGGGUAGAAACUCGCCUUUCACUGAACAAACAUCUUUUCGAUUCAAAAGAUGUCGUCCGAAAGUGCGCGGUCAAACGUCUACAUGAAUCGACGAGUGCAGAGCACUUCUGGACCGAGUACGAGUCCUUGAAGCGUCUAAAGAGCUUGAAUCAUCCUCACCUGGUAGAGACACUCUCAAUCUUCAGAUCCGAGAUGGGUACAAUACAGCAUUUCAACUUUCUGUUUCCACUGGCUCUUUUGAACUUGAAACGUCUCUUCCGAGAUUAUUAUAUCCCAGUUCCCCUUCGAAAACGAAACCUUGAUUCCCUCUGGGGCCAGAUUCCUGGACUCUCAAGUGCAGUUGCCUACCUUCACGACUCUGUUCAUAUGGCACAUCGAGAUAUCAAGCCGUCUAAUAUCCUGGUCUAUGAGGAGUAUUCCGGUACAGGACUCUCUCUCAAGCUUACAGACUUUGGAUUAUCAGUCGACCUAUCCAGGGCCAGAACAUGGGAGCAAGGCAGUCGAGCUCGUCAAUCAGCUUGGCUUUAUGACUCUCCAGAAGUUCGAAAAGCCUCUCCAAUGGCGGGGUCAACUGAACCAGGCGCGAGAAUCAAUAUCCCCUCUUCAUCGGAUUUGAUGGCUAAUGACAUCUGGAAACUGGGAUGUGUGUUUACAGAGAUGCUUGCUUAUCUAACAGGUGGAGGUUCCUCUGGUGUAGAAGCAUUUCGUGACUAUAUCACAACUACAGAAGAAAACAUCUCUUCUGACGUGUUUAACGAUACUCGCUUCGAUGAUGGCGAACAGGUCAAACCUCAGGUUCUCGAGUUUAUUGAUCAGAUGGCGUACAGGGACUACCGAGCAGGCAUGAUGCAAUCCGUCAUCAAGGAAAUGCUCGCCAAGUCAGCAUCAAGACCUACAAUUGCUCGUGUUUGUCAAGAGUUGGCAGAGAACAACUUCCCGGACAUAAACUUCAAUGAUGGAGUAAGAGUGGUUCAGUUCGUUCCAGCAGAUCGUUUAGCACGCUCACGCUUCGAUGCUUUAAGACUCAAAAUUGAGGAAUUGACUGGUCGACCAAUAGAUUGGACCCCCUUCCGUCAACCAUUACCCAGGCUGGAUGCCGGCGGCUACAUGGCAACUUGGAAGGCAAGUUUGGCAUGUUCUACCAACAAGUUGUCUCAUAAUAAUACUUUCCAGUGGCAUGGAGUCGAGCUCGCUCUAGCUCUUUCUCGGGAUGAGUUUGAUCGCUACAAAGCAACAUGCUUCCCUGUCACUACAAACAACGUUCCCCUUCUCCCUCUUACAAGACAGGGUCACAAGACCCAACAGACGGCUAAGCCAGGUUCUUCUAUGCAAUCCGCUAGUCUGGGACAGCCUUCUCAAUCCUCUCCCGCCACUAAUAUCCUCGCAGCCAAUGCUCUCCCGGCAGUCCAAACAACUGUAAAUACGAAAGACAUUUACUGGUGCAUUGAGAGAAACUUUACAGAGCCAACAGAGAUAUACCUUUCCCCCAUUGAGAAUGCAGAGGCACUAGACGAUGACGAACAACUGUUCCGUCAGGUGAACAAGGCCAUUAGUAGCAGAGAGGGUUGGGUUCGCCGACUUCUCUCGUGGAAGAGUUGUACCGCCAUCGACUUUGUCCAGUUCCUUGUUAUCUGGGACAACAAAGAUCAAGUCAUACCAAUCGAGAAAGAGCUACCUCCUCCUGCUACUCCGUUCUACAACCAUUCCAUCCCUUUGCCGCACGACGUUCACAUGAGAACGGCUGAGCAGCAAAUGGUAUUUGGGCUCCGUGAUCCAAAGAAGGGUAGAGGAGAAACAACUAUCAUCGAUAUGAUUCCUAAGAAGAGAAACCCUCCCCCAUUUCCAAAGAGAAUAUCAGAACCUGGCUGGGGUCUGCAUGCCAAGAUGGGGUUCUCUCGGCGAAGGUUCCUGGCGUGGCUGAUUUUCUGCAUUAUUUUGGGUGGAAUCUUUGUGGUUUUCUGGCUGAUCUUUAUUAACAAGACAGACCUGCAGAAUGCCUAUAUUCCUACUUUUCUGUUUGCGACUAUACUGACUGUUGCGCUGGGAUUGCUUCAGGUAGCGUAG